AAUCAACACUAGAGAGAGAAACAGGAAAGAAAGGCUCCUACAUUCCUUCCAGCUUUCAAUCAUGUUUCCAGAGCAAUUGGGCUGGAAAGUUGCUCACUGGUGAGCUCCACUAUGAAUAGAAGCAAUGAAUAAAUUACUGCAGCUGACAAAUUAGAGCUGUAGAGCUUCUCCAGCAAGAGGGAAGGGUUCACAGAGAAAGCAGUGCGGUGAAAAUCCAUUCCCCAACCCUGUGCCCAGGAGAAAAAGAUCCAACCUGCACAGGCUGCCUCCAGCCACAUCCCCACCCAGAAGAUUCCAGUCUUGGUCUUCUAGGAGCUACUAUCAUACUCUGCAAGCACAGGACCAGGCUUUGCCAGAUGGGGAAGGGAUUUUCUUGAAUCAUAAUGGCUAAAGGGCUUUCUGAGUUUUAUUGCUUGGAGAACUCAGCCAGGAAUGGAUCAUCAAGUAGCAUGUAAACCCUUUGAAAAGUGCAAAGACAAUAUCCACCUUCUGAAGCAGAAGUCUAAGGGCUAACGGCUUUUGAAGUGGCUUCCUUCCUCACUUUGCCAACCACAUCAGAAAGAAGGGACGGCUAAGCUCAUAGUGACAAUGAACAACUCCAGAGGAGCCGAUGGGAGCCCAGAAUCCUGGAACCCAGAACACACCAAGAAUGCCUCCUUGCCCAACUUUACACUGCCUUUCACGUUUCGCCAACGGGCCACUGACCAAGCGCUGAAUGGAAUCCUCAUUGCUGUCCUGGGCAUUGUCAUGGUGUCACUGGGGUGCACCAUGCAGCUCUCCAAGAUCAAGACUCACUUCUGGAAACCUAAAGGGGUGGCUCUUGCUGUGGUGGCUCAGUAUGGCAUAAUGCCUCUGACAGCGUUUGCCCUGGGAAACCUCUUCCAUUUGGGCCCUAUUGAGUCUCUGGCUGUGCUCAUCUGUGGCUGCUGUCCAGGUGGAAACCUCUCAAACAUUUUUAGUCUGGCAGCAAAAGGAGAUAUGAACCUGAGCAUUGUGAUGACCACAUGCUCAACGCUCCUGGCACUUGGGCUGAUGCCUCUUCUCCUGUAUCUUUACUCAAGAGGGCGGUACCAGGGCAACCUAGAGGUCAAGGUGCCUUACAAGGGAAUAGUCAUCUCCUUGGCCAUGAUGCUCAUUCCCUGCAGCAUUGGCAUCUUCCUGAAUGAGAAGAAGCCACAGUAUGCUCGCCUCAUCAUCAAGGCAGGGAUGAUUGUGCUGCUUGUAUCAUCUGUUCCAAUAAUCGUUCUGUUUGUGACAAGUGUUGGAAACAGUAUUUUGAUCAUCUUCUCGCCACCCCUACUGGGAACGUCUGCCUUGAUGCCUUUUAUUGGUUUCCUGCUUGGCUACAUGCUAUCUUCAUUUUUCAAGCUCAAUGACAGGUGCAGGCGGACAGUGUGCAUGGAGACUGGUUGCCAGAAUGUGCAGCUCUGCUCUACCAUCCUCAAAGUGGCCUUUGCCCCUGAUGUCAUUGGACCCCUUUUCUUCUUCCCUUUCCUGUACAUGGUAUUCCAGCUUGGAGAGGGCUUUCUCCUGAUACUGGCCUUCAGAGUUCAUGAAAAGCUAAAGAAACCAAACGAUACAGCAAAAAUGAUCUAUACAGCUGUGGAUGAUCUUGCACAAGAAACAAAGCCACCCAGGCUCCUACGAAACACCAGCAAAAUAGGGGGCUACUACAGAAGCACCACACCUCAGAUACACCCACCAAUGCUCCAGGUUAAAUCUUCGGCACCUGGUUUGCUGAACUCCAGCAGUUUUGCAUGCAAUGUUGAUUUUAAAACAAAGGGGUGAGCAGAUCCUCUCAAAGGCCCACUUCUACCCCCAUUGGAUGUUCUCCAGAAAGGGCACCAACCACCACAGGCUAUAGUUUGAGACUCAUUGGACUAACCAAUUUUUGGUCAUCUACAAAACAUUCAUAUUUUGGCUGAUGAUGAAAUGGUGCAGUCCAUCCCAGUGAGCUCUCUCCCAGUUUCCCACGAGCUCUGUGCCAGACACUUUGCAACUAACAGCAUUACAGCUUAUUAUUGAUUGCUACCAUUAAUGCAGCCAGACCCAUUCUUUUGAGUUGUUUUUCUGUGCACAGUUUUGCUGGCAAGCGUUAGAGGGAGAGGCAAAAGCCUUUCAGAAGUUCAAGCUAAUUUCUCUAAUUAGAAUCUAAAAGCUAGCCUGGAAUUUUCUCCUAACAGGAUUGACAAAUGAAAAGUGACCACAUAUACAGUUUAGGAGUCUUUUACUAUCAAUCACAGGCACUCCCCUUCACCCCAGCUGUUUUGUACAUCUACGAUCCCCAAACCAUAAGCCUUGGAGCCCCAAAACACGACCUGCAGCCAAUCUCAGCUUGUCUAUAAUUUAACAUGGAGAGGUUUCUAAAAUACUUAUAAGGCUGACCCUAGUGUCUGACUGCCUCAUACACUUAAGAUCUAUUAACCACAUCUUAUAAAAGGAGAACUGAGGCACCCAGAGGCUGCGACUUGCCCAAAAUCACACAAUAUCAGAGCAAGAAACUGAACCUGGAUCUGCCUCAUCUUAAGCUAGUACCCUAACUGCUGGACUAGUCUGCCCAAGGACAAGACCACUUGACCCGAAGUGCCUUGCUUUGUAGAAAAACUCCUACAUCUGAAGUAAUAAUACUGAACACUUUGAAAGCAUCAUAUAAGCAUUAACUAAACCACAAGGCCACAGUCAGUAACAAAGCAACAUUAGAACUCAGAAGCUCCAGGCUCCCAGUUCUGUGCUCACACCAGUGGUUCACCGUACCUCAAAGUAAAAUUUAAGAAUAUUGAGCACAUUAAAAACCACCAUUCAAUAAAGCCAAACUUUUGACUUGCAAAACUACAGCAAUUGUUACAUUAUGUAAAUUAGAUGUACGCCUUAGGCUCCUGGCAAGAGGCCAAUAGUCCUUGGUGAUGCAAAGGAUGAGAACUUCUUUUGCACGCUUAGUUUCCGAUUAAGACCGCAUUGAAGGGAAUCGGAGCCUUUCCACUGACUUCCAUUAUGCUGCUAGCCAUCAUGGUCGUAAAGCUCUUUAGAAGCAAGUAUCUUUAGCCACUGACCAUUUAUUCAAUGGCUGUCUCACUUGCAUUCCAAAGACUUUUAUCCCUUACGCUGCUGGAUAAAGCUUUCCGAAAUGCAACAAUUGCAUAUGGAUAAUGUCCCUUUAAUAGCUAGUAUAUCUUCGGCUGCAAAGUUUAAAGAUUUCACUGUAACUCUGCCAACCCCCUCCAUUCAAAACUCAUCGGGACCCCUCCCACAAAGCAUGGGAUUGCCUUAAAAUUGUGGUGUCGUUUUUCAAACCCAUUUUUCAGCAGCACACAUUCACCCUCCACAUUAUCCUGUCCUCUACUUGGCUCCUACAUGACAUCUCAUGGUGGUCCACCAUCUUCCUUGAGGGCAGAUUGAUUUCAGCCCCUUGGAAACAGCGUUUACUGUCUUCACUGAUAGCAGCCUGACUGUGACCAGCUGGGUCUUUAGCGCCAUGCACAUUAGCAGCAGCCAUAUUAGGAAAGAAAUAAGCUUCAUAGAAGCAAAAACAGAAUCAGUCAGGAAAAUCCUUAUAAAACACCACAUAUACUUUGGGAGCAGAGGCAUAAUGAGACCUGACAGAAGCCUGCUGUGGAUUUUAAGGGUCUGUUCUGUUAACUUAAGUUUAAGCAUAAAUAGAACU